GUUACCGGUGUUCACUGAGUAGCGCUAAUCCCCUGUGCUUUUAGGAUACUACACCCGAUGAAUUGCUGUCUGCCGUUAUGACGGCUGUCCUUCAAGAUGUCAAUCUCCAUCCUGAGGCCCUGGGAGACAUCUGUGUGGGAAACGUGUUGCAGCCUGGAGCUGGCGCUUUGAUUGCAAGAGUUGCGCAGUUUCUAAGUGGUAUUCCAGAGUCGGUGCCGUGCUCAAGUGUCAACCGGCAGUGCUCCUCUGGGCUACAGGCCAUUAUCAAUAUAGCUGGUGGCAUCCGAAAUGGGUCCUAUGACAUUGGCUUGGCCUGUGGCGUGGAAACGAUGUCCCUCAGAAGUGCAAAUAACCCUGGUGAUAUCAGUUCCAGUUUGAUGGAAAACAGUAAAGCUCGAGAUUGCCUUAUUCCUAUGGGAAUAACCUCAGAAAAUGUGGCAGAGAAGUUUGGAGUUUCCCGAAAGAAGCAAGAUGCCUUUGCCUUGGCUUCCCAACAAAAAGCAGCAAAAGCUCAGCAGAUGGGGCUGUUUAAAACGGAGAUUGUUCCAGUGAAGACCACUGUUCUAGAUAAUCAGGGCAACCAAAAAACAAUCACCGUGCACCAGGAUGAAGGAAUUAGGCCCUCCACGACCCUGGAAGGCUUGGCAAAGCUGAAGCCUGCCUUCAGAGAAGAUGGUAGCACUACAGCAGGUAACGCCAGCCAGGUCAGUGAUGGAGCAGCUGCUGUUCUCCUGGCAAAACGCUCAAAAGCAGCACAGCUGGGACUCCCAGUCCUGGGGGUGCUCAGGUCCUUUGCUGUGGUUGGAGUCCCACCCGACCUUAUGGGCAUAGGACCUGCCUAUGCAAUCCCUGUAGCUGUGGAGAAGGCAGGUCUGACUCUGAAUGACAUUGAUAUAUAUGAAAUUAAUGAAGCCUUUGCAAGCCAGGCUGUGUACUGUGUUGAAAAGCUGGGCAUUCCCAUGGAGAAGGUCAACCCCCUGGGAGGAGCAAUAGCACUGGGGCACCCACUGGGCUGCACUGGUGCUCGUCAAGUGGUGACUUUGCUCAACGAAUUGAAGCGCAGAGGGAGAAGAGCCUAUGGUGUUGUGUCAAUGUGCAUUGGAACUGGCAUGGGCGCUGCAGCAGUAUUUGAGUACCCAGGAAACUAAACUCCAGUGUGCUGAUGAAACCACACAACAGCUAGUUCUCUGCCUUCACUAGUAACAGCAAAUAGUUUACACUGUGAAAUCAACUGGAUUCAGGGAUUUGUUACUAGAUCUACAAAUUUUAGGCACAAAUUAUGAAGCAGAGUAAAUCAUACAAAUCUACUAUGCAGUUGAGAAAAUACAAAAUUGGUAUUUGCUUCAGAGUUAAAAAGCAUCCUGACAUGAGAAAUUAGUUCAGCUAAAGUUCAACUACAGGCCCUUGUGUGGUGAUUAUGAAUGAAUGUUUCUAGUUUAAUCGAUCCUUUUAUUCUGUGAAUAUUAUUAGAGAGAAAUAGCUCAUGGUCCAGUGUUUUUGUAUGACAAAUUGUCUAAAAGGGUUGCUCAGAACAAAAAUAUCAGUGCACAUGAAAAGGCCUUUCCAGGGUUUUCUUGAAAGAUUUCACCAUCUUUCAAAAAGUCUAGAACCAGCUUGUUUUGAAAGCAGUGCGAAGACUUGACAUCAUUUCCUUCACAACUGUGCCUGUCCUUUCCACGUCAUAAGUUGGCUAUGUCUGAAAUUGUUGCCGUGCUGGGGGAUGUGCUGUAGCUUUUUACUUUUAACCAAGCUGCUCUGAUGCCUCCAGCAGGGGAAGAUGGAAGGACGAGAAUGUCCUACACAGGAGGUGCCUGUAAAGAACGGUUCUGCUGAAGUGCCAGGAGCCAGGAAUUUGAAGGUGGCCGUUCCAUCUUUUACAGUGUGUUUCUAGCUAUCAGCUUGUGUGACUCCAACUUAGAGGACAAGCUUAUGCUUAAUAAUAUUUACUUACCUAACACAAAACAUGUUUCAGCAUUACUCUUACUGCAGGCACUACCUGACCAUCAGUGACACCUCAGUACUUCUAAACACUAAUACAAAUGUGCAUUUCAUCUUGUAAAGUUCUCCCUUCUAUGUUCUCUCUCUUAGGAGCAGAAAGAUUACUGAAACUGAGAGCUAACAGCUCGAAAAAGAAAUGUACUCAUGGUCUUUGACAUGUUAGAAAAGUUUAAAUUUGUAACACAGACUGAGGUUCUUUGUCCUGACUCUUGUUUUUGCACUCAGUAAUACAAUUGGGUUCUUGGAAUAUAUUUGUUUUCUUUUUAUGAUGAUUGUUAGUUGAAGGUCAGGAUUAGUUAGUGCUAUGUGAUGUUCUCACAUUCCCGUGCUGUAGCCUGUUUCAUUCUCCCAGCUGUCACACAUGCUGUAUUUUAGAGCAAGAAGAUUAGAUUAUUUAGAGGUGGCAGAAAGGUAUUGGCAUCUUUGAGGGUCCUUUUUUCACACUGAAGUUCUCGUGUGUAAAAGGAGUUCUCAGUCCUAGUACAAGUCUGUUUUCAACUAGGUAGAAGGCAGCUAUUGUGCAGCUUUUGUUCUCCUCCAGUGUGGAUUGCAGCCCCUUCCUCCCCACACACACCGCCUUUAACAAAAACUUUAUAUGAUGGGAGUGGAAAACUUAAAAGGCUCAGAAGUGGGAAUUUCAGUGACCUUUAGCUAAAGUAAUACUAAAAACAUUUAAAGAGAAGCGUGAGUAAAUAGGAACCAUGUGGGGGGAAAGAAUUAAAAAGAAGAAGGAUCCCUCCCUCUGUAACUGAAGGGGAUAUUCUCAGUACCCAAGCAUGAUGAAACAUGCAGGUUGGUAAUUUUCCAAGGAGUCCAGGGAAAGUUGGCGCUUCCCCUUUUCACGUAAGGCACUGAGAAAACAGCCUGGGAAUACUGUCCUAUUCACUAAUUCUUGCUUUUUAUUAUGUGUCAGUGUCCAUUUUAAUAUCAAACAAAUAAACAAGGCAAAACAAAAACUA